GUUGAUGUGUGCACAGAAGAGAGAAGAGAAACUUCCUUCACUCUACAGUUUAUAGCGUGGUACUCUGAAUGUUGCGAGGACGUUGUUUUAAAUGCUUUAGACAAUAAUUUAAAAAACGCUGGAGGAGUCAUCAAAAGACAAUGAGCCGUGGAAGUAAAAAUAAAUCGGAGGGUUUCCAAAGCAGUCUGCUGACCUCACAGGAGAAUGACAAACUGGAGGACCUGCUGGGCAGAAGGUGUGCUUCCAUGGCCACCGCAGUUGCACAGUUGUACAUGGCUCUGCCUCACAGUUCAAAUGUUUGGAGCCUGCAGCACACAGGAGUGGUCUGCUUAGUAAAAGACAACCCCAUGCGGUCCUACUUCAUACGGAUGUUUGAUGUGAAGGCAGGGAGGCAGAUUUGGGAGCAGGAGCUAUACAACCAAUUUGUUUACGACUCACCACAAGUGUACUUUCACACCUUUUCUGCAGACGACUGUCAAGUUGGACUGAAUUUUGCAGAGCAACAGGAAGCACAAGCCUUCCAAAAUGCUGUCGAGGAGAAAAUAAACCAAAGACACAGAAGUCAAGAUAAGAAACAGCGCCCCCCGCAGCACGCUGCUAGAGGAUCCCUGCCCUCGGUCCCACCUGACAAAACAUCUGGCAGUCCUGGUUCUUUUCAAAUGGCCACUGUGGACAUUCAGAACCCAGAUAUUCAGACUUCACGCUAUCGUUCGAUGCCUACACCUGCUCAUGCUUCCUUACCUGUGGGUGGCAAAGGGAAGAAAGACAAGAAGAGCAAGAAAAAGGGCCCCAAAUUCUCCAAGGCAGACAUAGGAGCACCCAGCGGAUUUAAGCAUGUUUCUCAUUUUGGCGCUGAUCCCAACAACAUGGAUCCUGACCUGAUGAAGCUGCUUUCCCAAGCUGGGAUCCAAGAAGCCGAUCUCAGGGAUGAAGCGACCUCCCAGCUCAUCUACAAUGUCAUCGAGCAGUCUGGGGGCAUGGAGGCAGUCAAAAGGGAGGUGAACAAAGCAGCUUCUGGAGCUCCACCCCCUCCACCUGGCAGACAAGGGCCUCUGCCUCCCGUACCAGGCCCCAGUCACUCUGCUCCAACACCUCCACCUCCACGAGGUCGUUCUGGCCCCCUGCCUCCUGUCCCAGCCCAGUCACAGCGAGGAGCCCUGCCCUCCCAGCCACCUCCAUCACGUGGAGGCCUGCCACCUCCACCUGCAACAGGCAGAGGCGGUCCACCACCUCCACCACCAGCACACUCUUCUCACUCCCCUUCACCACCAUCCUCAAAGCCCACUCAGUCCUUCCACACCAUGCCUCCUCCCCCACCGCCUUCUCAUCAAGAGCGCUCUAUGGGUUUCCAACCUCCUCCUGUCCCAGCAGCCAGCAGGGGAGGUGGAGGAGGAGGAGCUCCUCCACCUCCUCCACCCCCUCCACCUCCACCCCCCCAAACUUCUAUUUCUUCAGACUUCCCACCACCUCCUCCCCUCUCUGGUGGCCCACCACCACCUCCCCCUGCAUCCGGAGGAGGAAGAGGAGGAGGAGGAGGUGGAGGAGGAGAAAGUAGGGGGGCUCUGCUGGAUCAGAUCCGACUGGGGAAGAAGCUCAAAAAUGUGAUAGAAGAUUCUCCACCUCCAACAUCGGACUCAGGCGAGGGCAUAGUUGGUGCUCUCAUGAUGGUCAUGCAGAAGAGGAGUAAAGUCAUCCAUUCCUCUGAUGAAAGCGAAGAUGACGCCGGAGAUGAAGAUGAUGACGAUGACGAAUGGGACGACUAAUGUGAAGGUUCUUGUUUGUGUGGAUUUUGAACCUUGUUCAGUGCGAUUUCUUUCUGUAAACCUCUGAAUUUUACAGUAUAUGUUCUUGUAUUUCCUACAUGAUCAAUUAUUGCAAACUGAGGUAUUGUCUUGCCUUGUCCAUGACAGGAGUUAUGUAACUUUUAAAAAAACAAAUAAAAAAUAAAUUCAA